ACGCCAGCCUUUCUAGGAGGGAAGCAGCUGGGAGUUUUUGAAUGAAAAGGGCACCCUGACAAAUUUGAAGAAGAGUUGUUUGAGGAAAUCCUUUCAUUGUUUGCUAAGUUCAAUAUAAGAAGAUGCUUUAUCAUCACUAUUAUAAAACAUGAGUUGUCACCUAUUACUGUGAAAAACAGCAUCCUGUGAGUUUGUUUCAAGCUUUCUCCCUCAUCACCUGCAUCAGAUAAUCUGUGCUCCAAGCUGUUCUCAGGAACAGUUAUCCUUGGCAGAGACAUGGCCUUCCAUGGCUGGAAGCGGCUCCUCUUCUUGGGCAGGCAGAACACCUUUGCCAAAGCUUGGAGGAGCAGGAAGGGAAGCCCUUCUCUGGGUUGGAAACGCUGCUGCCACUGGAGUGCUGGCAAGUCUGUGGACCCCGAGAUGAGAGCGUUUCUGGAGGAGAACACAGAGGUCACUAGCAGCGGGAACCUCACACCAGAGAUACAACUGCGCCUCCUCACCCCUCGCUGCAGGUUCUGGCAUGAAAAGCUUGAUCUGUGGCCUUAUGGGGACCCAUUCUGGGCAAUUUACUGGCCAGGAGGUCAAGCCCUGUCCAGGUAUAUUUUAGAUAAUCCAUGUGUUGUUAAAGGGCGAUCAGUUUUGGAUCUUGGAAGUGGAUGUGGAGCAACAGCAAUUGCUGCUGUGAUGAGUGGUGCAUCCCAAGUCCUUGCUAACGACAUUGACCCUAUUGCAGGAAUGGCAAUGAUCUUAAAUUGUGAACUGAACCAUCUGAAUCCCUUCCCCAUCACCAUUAAGAACAUCAUUAAUUCAGAGGUGGGCAACUGGGACCUCAUUGUUCUAGGGGAUAUGUUUUAUGAUGAACAACUUGCUGAUGGUCUUCAUCACUGGCUGAGAGAAUGCAUCAGGAUACGGCAAACUGAAGUGUUGAUUGGUGACCCUGGCAGGCACGAGUUUUUAAGACACAGAAUUCACAGUCAGUUGCACAAAGUUGUAGAAUAUUCACUUCCUGAGUCUACUAGACAAGAAAACAGUGGAUUAACAUCAAGUAUUGUCUGGAGUUACCGACCAAAUAGCUUAGAAAGCUGUUAAAGCUAACUUUAUAAUGUCGUUGGCCUCACUUGGUUGGCUUUUUUUUUUUUUUUUUUUUAAUAAAGUGUAUAAAAUGAAAAUAGGACUUUAACAUGGCACAGAUAUGUUGAUGCACAGUAGAUUACUGUUCUUCUGUAUAGUUAUACUUGUCAAGGCUUUGGCUCAAUUUGAGGUUAACACUACAGGCAAACUUUAUUUGAAUGGAUCCACACUGAAGUGCUAAUCCAAAGAUAAAUUAUGCUCAUGAGUUUACAUGCUUGUCAUCUUUCACGUAUGUUAAUGUAUUAAUCUCACUCUUUGAUGGUAUUGUGAAAUGUUUCAGACUUCCAUUAUACAGCUGGGAGGAGAGAAGAGGAUGGUGGUUGAAAGAUAGUUGCACUCCCUUCUCAAGACUUGUUCACAAAGAAAAUUAUUGCUGUCCUCCAUAAAACUCUCUGCUAGAUCAUUAGCUCAUAUUGUGCUCAAAGUGCCUUGCUCUUUCUUUACCUGGAUCUCCCUUCUAAGCAUAACUAAUUUGGGUCUCCUCCUUCCCCUUUAAAAUAAAGUCAACUCUUCCUUUAA